GGCCGGAAGCCGGGGUACUUCUCCUUCCUGGACCCCUUCUCUCCGGCCGUGUGGCUCUUCAUGCUGCUGGCCUACCUCGCCGUCAGCUGCGUCCUCUUUCUUGCUGCCAGGCUCAGCCCCUAUGAGUGGUACAACCCCCACCCCUGCCUGCGGGAGAGGAAGAACGUUCUGGAGAACCAGUACACGCUGGGGAACAGUCUGUGGUUCCCGGUGGGGGGCUUCAUGCAGCAAGGGUCAGAAAUCAUGCCCCGAGCCCUCUCCACCCGCUGCGUCAGCGGGGUGUGGUGGGCGUUCACCCUCAUCAUCAUUUCAUCCUACACGGCCAACUUGGCAGCGUUCCUGACCGUCCAGAGGAUGGAGGUUCCCAUCGAGUCUCCUGAUGAUCUGGCUGAUCAGACCAACAUCCAGUACGGAACCAUCCACGGAGGCUCCACCAUGACCUUCUUCAUGAACUCUCGGUACCAGACGUACCAGCGCAUGUGGAACUACAUGUACUCCAAGCAGCCCAGCGUGUUCGUGAAAAGCACCGAGGAGGGCAUCGCCCGCGUCAUCAACUCCAAGUACGCCUUCCUGAUGGAGAGCACCAUGAACGAGUACUACCGCAGCCUGAACUGCAACCUGACCCAGAUCGGAGGCCUGCUGGACACCAAGGGAUACGGCAUCGGCAUGCCUCUGGGCUCUCCCUACAAAGAGGAGAUCACUCUGGGGAUCCUACAGCUGCAGGAGAGCAACCGGCUGGAGAUCCUGAAGAGACGCUGGUGGGAGGGGGGGCAGUGUCCCAAAGAGGAGGACCACCGGGUCAAAGGUCUGGGCAUGGAGAACAUUGGGGGGAUCUUCGUGGUUCUGAUCUGCGGCCUCAUCAUCGCCGUCUUCGUGGCCAUCAUGGAGUUUGUUUGGUCGACGCGGCGUAGCGCAGAGACGGACGAGGUAAAUCUUCAUCAUCACCCUCCUCUUCCUCUCUCAGCCUCCUCCUGCCCCGCCCCCGGCCUCCACCUCAGCUCUAACACCUCAGUCUCAGUGUGUCAGGAGAUGCUCUCAGAGUUCCGUAGCGCUGUCUCCUUUAAGAAGAGUUCCCGCUCCCGCCGGCGCCGGCCCCUUAGCAGCGCGGGGGGGGGCAUCCUGCGCCACCCCUCCCGCCUGGCUCUGGCCACGCCCCGCCCCAUCCGCCUGGUGCGGGAGAUGCGCCUCAGCAACGGCAAAAUGUACGGGGGGGGCCCGGCUCGCUGGGGGGGGCGCCUGGGAGGAGGCUCCGAUCUGGGCCCGGGGCCCCAAGAGGGCUCCUGGAGGACCCGCGGGGCACCAACACCAGCACGCCACCCUCCACCCCCCCCUCCCCCGGUUUUGGCCCUGGUGGGCCCCCCCCGCACCGCUGCGCAGCUUCCUGUCGGUCCUGCAGCCCACGUGCGUGUCUGCCAGGAGUGCCGGCGCAUCCAGAGCCUGAGGAGCGCCCUGCCUCCCCCCCAUCCACCUGCUCUCGCAUCCCCCCCUCACCACCUCCGCCACAAUGCCCACCCCCACCUGCACUAUCACCACGGCUCCAUGUCGCUGCCCCCGCCUCCCCCCGCUCCCCCCCCCAUCCCAGCAGACAGAGCGGACAGUGACGGGGGCCCACAGGAGGGCCAAUACAAACCCCCCCCACCGCCCCGGCCCCUGCCUCUCCCUAAGACACCCAUGUGCCCCCCCACAGACUUAUUGAUGGGGCACAACUGAGGAGAGAGACACCCUCUGGCUCCAAUGACACAGCCAAGAAUGGCAUAUCAGUGGGGGGGGGGGCAAUCCUGACCUGUUUGCAGGGUCCUUCAUAAAGACGAAGCCCCUUGGCUCGCAGAUCCUACCAUUAACCUUUCCACAUGGGGGUUCAACAACACUGUUACAGACGGGGGGGAUAAACUUUACACUUUGGAUUAAAGCGUUCGAGGUGCUCUGAAGGAAGUGCCAAAUGACAUCAUGGUGGGGGUGCUUUUGAAUGUGCCCCCAUUCAGUUCCUCACCUCUUGCCUUGGCCAAUCUUCACGCUCCGUGCCAAGUGAGGAGGACUUCCUUUCUCUGUUUGAAUACUGAAGCAGGUGUUUGUACAGGAGGAGACACACACACAGUAGCAGCUGUACAGUUAUCAGGUCAUCUGUGGGAUCAUUAGCCCUCUGCAGGAUGUAGCUCUUGUUGCUUUUUGUGCAGACGUCUGUAAAGCUGACCAAUCAGUGCUGUGAUUAAGCAGAGUCCACAGAGCUUUAUGCUCAUCUGAAGUCCACUGCUGUGCUGGGACCCUUCUUCUUUACCAAGUGAAGCAUCGUGCACAGGGGAGCCGUUUUAAAACUGACGAGCAGGUGGCGGAACAUAGUUCUUUAUUUGGUGUGUAAAGCAGAGUUCCCGUUAGAAUAUGUUUUCGCCGGUCAACAUGUCCGUUAAAGUUUAAAUCUUCCGGACAAAAUUAGAAAAGUGCCGGUCAAAGGUCUUCUUGUUAUGUA